CUCAGACCCAUUAUUAUCUCUUACUUCCUCUGUUUUUUUUUCAUUGAGAAUUCCAAAGCAAAUCACAAAACUAAAAAAAAAAAAAGAUGGCUGCUUUUUCAUCACACCAAUUACAACACAAUAACCCAUUUCUUCUUGAUUCAGUAUUUUUGCCAACUUCUCCUAUUAAAAUGUCUGGCUUUUUUGAGGAACCAAACAAUUCUUGUAUAGUACAACAGUUUUACCAACAAGAAUUCCCUUCCAAUUUAAUUUCUCAUGAAAAUAGCUUUUGCCUUGACCCUAAAAGUAGCAGCAGUAUAAGCUUAGAUAUGGAUGCUUCCUCUGUUACUGAUAAAAUUGAAAGUGGAAUUAAUAAUAAUAAGGCUAAUGUUAGUCCUUUGGAUAAGAAAAGAAAAUCUAGUGAAGGGUCUUCUUCUAUGACUUCUGCUCAUUCUAAGAAUGAGAAACAGGGUGAUAAUGGGAAAAAGAAGAAAAUUAUCAGCAAGUUAGUAGCCAAAGAUGAAAAGAAAGCUAAUGAAGAAGCACCAACAGGGUACAUUCAUGUUAGAGCAAGAAGGGGCCAGGCAACUGAUAGCCAUAGUCUUGCUGAAAGGGUGAGGAGAGAGAAAAUAAGUGAAAGGAUGAAGAUAUUGCAAUCUCUUGUUCCUGGUUGUGACAAGGUAACUGGAAAGGCCCUUAUGUUGGAUGAGAUAAUUAAUUAUGUCCAAUCUUUGCAAAACCAAGUUGAGUUUCUCUCAAUGAAACUUACUUCUUUGAAUCCAAUGUACUAUGACUUUGGAAUGGACUUAGAUGCACUCAUGGUCAGACCUGAUGACCAGAGUUUAAGUGGCUUGGAGACACAAAUGGCAAAUAUUCAGCAAGGUAGCACAACUACUACAUCACAGGCAGCUGAAGUUAUUGCUAACACUAAUAGUGGCUACCAAUUUUUGGAUAAUUCAACAUCACUCAUGUUUCAACAAUCCCAUUUCCCUAAUUCUAUUCCUCAGGGUAUUGGACAGCUCUUAUGGGGUGCAGAUGAGCAAACACAAAAAAUAAUAAAUCAGUCUGGAUUUAGCAACAACUUUUGUUCUUUCCAUUAAUAUAACACCAGGCCCCUACUGUCCUGCCCUACACUACAUUUGGGAGAUCCAUUAAACCUGACUAUAACUAGCUAAGCCUCUAGUAUAUAAUAACUUGUGCAUGGAGGAUUAUAUUGUAAAAUCACCCUAUUAUCAAGGCUGGGAAGUAAAUGAGUGGAAGCCAAAAGAGUACUUAGAAGUCAUCAGCUAGCUGCAGGCAGAAUUAUUUGAGACACAUAUUUUUGAAUAUUUGACUUAUAUAAUUACUAAAAAUCUAUUGAAAGCAAAACUUCCUAGAGCCAUGUGAUGAUGGUGGUGGGUGGGUGGUUAAAACCCUAGCUUAGCUAGAUUAGAGAAAAAAAUGUAAUUUUUCUUUUACAUCUUUCUUGUUGUAUUAUUACCAUGUGUACUUAGUUAUGAUAAUAUGAUUGUUGCUUUGUAUUAUUACCA